GUUGGUGGGCUUGUGUGGUGCAGCCUCGUAUAGAAGAGGGCUAGUGAUUACAUUUCUCGUAAUGGCAAUCCACGCUAUCAUCAUAUUUGUACCGGCAAUCAUCAUUGUGUCUAGUUUUGACAUUCACUUCUACCAGCACGAAUGUUGGGGUGAAUGUGAUUGGCAUCUAUUGGCGACUUCUUUACCUCGAAAUAGUCGGUGUCAAAUAAUGUGUGGUGAUCACGUGGACGACAACAUGAGGGUUUCUAUGACGCGGUUGGGUACCGACUAUCGUCUUGACGCUGGGCUCAUCGCAGCAGCUAUCUUGGAAUUGCUUUUGGCAUUGGCAACAACGAUAAUCUCGUCAAGAACUAUCUGCAGCACAGUUCGGAUAUAAUC